AUGCAGGAGUACGACGAAGAGUUCGCCAUCGGCUCCAACGUUGUCGUUGCCAAGGGACGUAUGGACCAUCAACGCUAUGCGAUCAAGAAAUGCGACAGCCUGUUCAAGCACAGUCGAGAGAUGAAUCUCAAACUUGCAUACACCAUCCAAGAAGCAAGAAUAUUUCUGCAUGUGAAGCAUCCGAACCUGGUGAGAGUCUUCGACUUCUUCACGGACGGGCCAUGUUUCUGUGUGGUGCUGGAGUAUUGCUCGCUGGGAACUUUACGGCAUCAGGUCGAUCACGCCAUGAAACAUCAGCUGCAGCUGUCUGAGCCAACACUGUGGCGGUGGAUGACGGAGAUUCUGCUCGGGGUGUCAUUCUUGCACAAGAUGAGGAUCGUACAUCGUGAUCUGAAGCCAGAAAACGUCUUCUUAGCUGGUUCUCAACUACCAGGAACGAUCAAGGUCGGCGAUCUUGGCAGCGCUAGGAUCAUGAAGGGUGGGGAGACGGCUCUCAAGACAAACUUCGUCGGAACAGAAGGAUAUGCUGCGCCGGAAAUACACCAAUCACAACCUUACGAUGAGAGAGUCGACUUGUGGAGCCUUGGAAUCGUGUGUAUAGAGCUUGCUUGUUUGAAGCGACCGUCGGAAAGGAGCUUGAGUAGCAGCGGCUUCCUAGAGAAGACAUUUUCUCCUUAUCCGAGAGGUGCUGGAUAG